UUUACUAAUAUCUUACUAUAGCCCCUUACUAUAUACGCCUUUGUACAUAGGCGUAGCUAAUACAUUAUAACGUAUAGUGGGGGAUGUACUCAUGCAUUGAUUGGUUUACUAUUCUCCCAUUAAUUGAACCUAAUCCUAUAUGCUAAAAUAGUUCAAGGGCGCAUGAUUAGGAAAAAUGUGUUAGAGUACCAGAAUCUUGGAGUUAUUUUUUAAAAUUUUCUUUAUCAAACAGUAUCAACAGUACUUACUAACCAAAUUCUUUUUGUGUGUCAUCAGAUCUAAUGCGAUUAAUGUAAUGUAAAUGAUAUCAUGCAUUGUAUACAUGUAUUUCUACUGUGAGAUCUUUAACGAUAUGAAAGCGGUAGCUAUUAAGUUUACAUAUUUGGUAUUGUAAAUUAUUGUGUAAUAAAAUAUCUAGGAAAAAUAUAUUCACAUUAUGUGUCAGUUUUACUCUCAUUAUGUAAUCUAGUAAAAGGUUAUAUUUAAAUAAAAUAGAUAAUCGAAACUAGAUGUUAUAUCCAUGUUUUCAAUUAAUUAAUUCUACAAAAUUAAUUCAUGAAAAAAUGACACCAAUUCCGAUCAUGGGAUAUUCUAAUCUUAUUUCUGGCAUAUGUAAAAUUCCAGGUUAUCGAUGCUUAUCGACACUGGAAUUUGUACCAAAGUGUGAGCCUGUAAAAUGUAAGGAUGUGGAAAUUCUAAAACAAUUUUUGGACAACACUGGCAGUCUGUGCGUUCUUACUGGUGCUGGAAUAUCAACUGAAAGUGGAAUUCCUGACUAUAGAUCUGCUGACGUUGGACUUUAUGCUAGAAAAGGCCAUAGACCAGUACUCUACAAAGAAUUUUGUGAUAGUGAAGCUGUUAGAAAAAGAUACUGGGCUAGAAACUACGUAGGAUGGCCACGGUUUUCCAGUUUUCAGCCAAACGUUACUCAUAUAACAUUGAAAAAUUUAGAAGAUACUGGUAAAGUGAGGUGUAUUAUUACUCAGAAUGUAGAUAGCUUACACAAAAAAGCUGGUAGUAUAAAUGUGAUUGAACUUCAUGGUACAGCAUUUCAAGUUAUGUGCUUGAGUUGUGAUAAAAAAAUUAGUAGAGCUGCCUUUCAAGAGACACUAAAGGAACUCAACCCUGAUAUGAAUGUUACAAGUAACAUGAUGAGGCCUGAUGGUGAUGUUGAUUUAUCGCAGGAAAAAAUUGAAGGUUUUAAGUUUCCGUCAUGUUCAAACUGCGGUGGAAUAUUAAAACCGGACAUCGUAUUUUUUGGAGAUAAUGUCUCUAGGGAUGUCGUGGAACAUGUAAAAAGUGAAGUUGUGGCUGCAGACUCUCUUUUAGUGCUUGGAUCAUCGUUAACAGUAUUUUCUGGAUACAGAAUUGUUCUUCAAGCUGUUGAUGCCAAAAAACCAGUAGCAAUAGUUAACAUUGGUGAGACUAGAGCGGAUGAACUUGCAUUCAUCAAAUUAGAGAGCAGAUGCGGUGAUAUACUUUCUAAAUUGUAUAAUAGUAUAGGAUAAAUUUCAAUUUAUUGCUGAAAAUAAACGUUAGAGCGAUUAAUUUAUACAUA